ACCGGCGGGGUAAUGCAUGCUCUAUUGAUUCAAUCAAAAAUGAAUGGCUUUAGAUAGAAUCAACAAACUUGCUAUAUAUCUCAACCCCCUCUCCUCUUUCUAUUAUGGUAAACAAGCCACAAAUCCCCUUGUAUCACCCAAAUGUGUGAUCAACAACAACUGAUUCAUCCCACUCGCCUACCAACAACCUUUUUGUGGCUCAACUUCCGCUGCUGUCUUUCAACCCACGACGCCUUUCACCAACUUCAACCUUCCUAAUUCUCCCUACCAACAGCCGCGUUUGUUUGUAUUUUGCAUCAAACAUAUUUUACAACGGUCCCUUUCCAUAAAGUCGGAUGCGAUCAAGCUGGUGCAAAAUCCAGCUGAGGAGCUGAAGGAUUGUACUGUCGGCGCUUUCAAGAUAUUUGAGCUUUGAAGUUUAGUUUAAGAAUACGAUAUCCAUCAUGCGACCACCAAGAAUUGUAUUAGUUAUUGCCUUCCUCGUUUCUAUAUACUUUCUUACACUUUUAUCUCUGCCGUUCUCUCAUUCACCGGCAGAUGUAGCUGCUUCUACGACAACCCGCAAGAGUGGCAUACAAUCAUUAUUCUCCUUCCGAGCUCCGUUCUCGCUGUUCCCUCCUAAUGCAAUCAUAACUCUCACGAAUGACAAUACGACUGCUUUCCUGGCCAGGCCUGCUGCCUUUGGGCCUUUACUACCAAACGAAGGAUUAAAAGGGCAGUUAUGGAUAGGGAGUGGUUUUGGAGAUGAUAGCAUACGGCAAGGCCCUGUUGCCUCCGGGGCUGAAGGCGAACUAGGCUGUAGUGAUGUGCCGGGUUGGGUCGAGAAUUUUGCAAAGUCUGGCGCGAUAGAAGGAGUUAAAUCUGGAGAUGACAAAUCUGCGACGACUGCGAGUAAAUCGAAAACAAACAAGAGGGCACAUGAAGAUGACAAAACUUUCAUCGAUCGUACAUCGAGCAGUUCGGCAAAGGGUAAAGGUAAUGUUGGAGGACCGUCGGCCGACGACGGUACCGAUGAUUACCUUCAUCAUCCUCUACCGGGAUCAACAGUAUCAAAACAUACGGACAAGCAACCCACGGACCUGAAGGCAAAUCAUGCAGAUAUUCAAUCUAUACAGGAAGGUGCGGAAAUCGCUGGAAAGGUUGUCUUACUGAGCCGUGGAGGCUGUGGAUUUUUGGAAAAGGUCAAAUGGGUGCAGCGUAGGGGUGGAAUUGCUUUAAUUGUCGGUGAUGACAAAAGUGGCGGACCACUAAUUCAGAUGUAUGCUCGGGGCGAUACAUCAAAUGUGACCAUACCAGCCAUCUUUACAUCUCGUACCACCGCACAUUUACUUUCUUCUCUCAUAGGGCCUGGUGCAUAUAAGGAAGAUGCGCUGGAUGAAGGUGGUAAGGCAACAUUGAAGGUUCAAAAGAAUGAUAAGUCGAAGAGCGUUUCGAAAAAGAAGAAAACGAAGGAAUCCCAGCCCACGUUUACAGCUACCCUUGCAACACCCAAAGCUACCAAGGCAGCUCGAACGAAUUUGAAGAAGUCGUCUAAAAAAGCAUCUUCAAAGGUUGAGGAGAAAACUACAACAAUUGAAACACGAAAACCAGGUUGGUUUAAGUCGUUGUUCUAUGGAACCGGUGGACGCGGUUCUAUAAAGGACAGCAGUCGACCACCGAGCAGUGGUCAACUUGAUUGGGUUCUUGUUGAUGACUGGAAGGAUGAUGACAAUGCCGGCACGAAGAAAAUAUCCACAGCCAAACUCACUGGUCAGGAGAAGGUAGAUGCAGCGAAAAAGUCGCAACAAACUAGCAAGGGUUCAAACAAAGCUACAUCAGGGGACGAUUUUGUUAUUGGUGUUCAAGAUUGGCGUGAUCCUGAUUUAGUAGGGUCAUCUGACAGCAAGGAUUCUGAAAAGAACUCGGAAACAGGUACCACGAAGACAGGAGGGAAGUCUGACACAAAUAAGGCAAAAAAUGAAUCACCACAGCCGACAACGGCAGGCAAGAAAAAUUCCGGUAGUAUCACCGAAGAAGAGAAUGAAGUCACACCUAAAUUACGAGGUGGGAGUAUUACACCGGGUAGUGGAGAGUACGCACCUAAAGUCGCUUCAGAUGUGGAUAAGGCCAAGACCAAGGCUAAGGAGACCGGAGAAAAGUCCAGCUCAAUUGGUAGCAAAACUAAGGGUAUUUUGACAACUAUCUUUGGUGAUGAUGAAGAGGAUUUUGAGCUCAUUGCGCCAGGAUCAAGUAGUACUGGCAAUGUUGAUAUGGAUGAUGAGAACGAAGAGGAUGACAAUGACGGAGAUGAUGAGGAAGAUGGACUUUGGGUCACAUUAACACCUACCAGCGGAGCUAGCCCAUUCCUCGACACUCUAUUAGUCCUAGUUGUCAGUCCGUUGGUGACUUUGACCGUGGUUUACGCGUUGCUGCUGCUCAGAUCUCGUAUAAGGAGGCGUCGUUGGAGAGCACCUAAAUCUGUUGUCGAAAGAUUACCUGUCAGAACUUAUCAAACUAUUAAUACACCUGGCAGUCGAUCUCCGACGGUGCCAUCCCCAAGCAAUUCCUCAGCAACCACACCACUUCUUUCACAUACAACACCCAGCAGACCUCGUCCGAGAUCACGGACGACAACCGGCAUACCAGAGCCUGGAGACAUCGCCCGUGUCAAUUCAAACCCAUUACAUUUACCCGCGCUCACAACCCCUCAACCUAAUGAGCAUGAGAAAAAUGUUGGAUCACCUAGUCAAUGGAAGAAGUAUAUGGGCAAGCAAAUAGAGUGUGUAGUGUGUUUAGAAGAAUACGUGGAUGGUGUUAGUCAAGUCAUGAGUUUACCAUGUGGCCAUGAAUUCCAUGUGGAUUGCAUGUAUGUCCUACCUUCUUCAUUCCCAUUGAUGAUUUUAAAUAACUAAUGAAUUUGCUAGAACACCUUGGUUAACAACACGUCGUCGAACAUGUCCUAUCUGCAAGGGUGAUGUCGUUCGUUCUCUCGCUCGAGGAUCACCUUCUUCUCCACGCUAUGAAGCGUACCAUGAUGACGACAGUGACGAUGAUAUACAGGCUCAAGCAGCGGAAACUGUAAAUACAUCUUCUUCAUCGACCCUACCCAUUUCCCGCAAUCUUGAUGAUGAAAUCGUAAGGGAUCUAGAACAGGGAAUAUCUUCCCCUACACCAAGUCGCGCUAGCAGACAUGUUAAUAGGCGAGGAGAAAGUUGGAGGAGUAUGUUAGUGGAUAGUUCUAUGAAUCUGUUAAGCGGAAGUUUAGGAUCAGGAUCAAGAAGUAGAAGUCCCCGAAGAGGAGAAGAGGAUAGGAGUCGGUGAAUACUUUUCUGGAGACAGAUAUAACAUUUUAAUGGAUGAGAGGGAAGGGUCAUGAAACAUGAAAUGGGAAAUGGGAAAUGGAGUUAAGCAACUGGGAAGUCUAUCUUUUUACUAGGUAAUUUUAUAAACAUCUCCAUAACUACAGACUCUUUCCACAACGUCGAUAGACAGAUCAGACAAUACAGGAAAUGUAUGUUGUAUGGAGUAAAAACGAGAAUCCUUUUAAUAUGGUUAUAGUGUAGAGGAUGAUAUUGGGUAGGUGGGUUAGUAGUAUAGCAUAGCAUAGUAUAGCAUAGGAAGGAAGGAAAUGGAUGUAUGCAUGGGAUGCAUAGAUUGAAUGAAUGAACGAAAGGAUAUUUUUAAAACGAAACUCAUGUCUAAUUAUGUCUAGGUAGGAUGCGAUUAAGGGAUUAAAGGUUUCUAGGGAAGGGCAAGCAAGGUAUGUUAUGGUUAUGGUUAUGGUUAUGGUUAUGGUUAUGGAUGGCGUGGUGUGGUGUGAUGUGGAGUGGUGUAUAUUGUUUAUUCGUUUGGUUAG